AUGCUUCUCUAUCCCUGCUUUCUAAUUCUAUGGCAUAUUUUAUCCCCCUCUUCUCAUCACGUCAUCGCCACGUCACAUCCGGCGCGAACUCCUAUGCGAAACUUGUAUGAACAUUUGUUUUUGGACUAUGUCAAGGAAAUUCGUCCAGUUCGAAAUGAAUCCGAAACGCUGAAAGUGGAAAUCAAAUUUUGGCUGAAACAAAUUCUGAAAGUCGAUGAGCGAGAUCAAAUUGUAAAUAUCUAUUGUUGGCUGGAACUAUAUUGGCAAGAUGAAACGCUCACUUGGGACCCCAAAAAGUUUGGAAAUCUGACAAGAAUUCAUGUUCCAGCGCAUAAAAUAUGGAAACCAGAUGUGCUGGUGUAUAAUAANGCAAACAUGAAUGUAGAAGAAAAUGAAAUGGAAACAAAUGCGAUUGUGGACCAUACUGGAAGAGUUAUGCUUUUUCGAUCCAUGAUUACAGAUAUUAGCUGUAAUUUGAACCUACAACAGUUUCCAUUUGAUCAACAGAUCUGCUUCGUCACAUUUGCUUCCUGGAGUAUGGAUGGAAGCAAACUAGACUUGUCUGCAACACCGAAAACCGACAAUUUGGAGUUAUAUAUAAGAAAUACCGAAUGGGGAUUGACAGAUUUCAGAGUAAAAAUCUAUCAAAAAAUCUACGAUUGCUGCCCCCACCCAUUUCCCGAUGUCACCUAUUUCAUGGUCCUGCGACGAUCACCAAGCUACUAUAUAUUCAGCUUGGUUAUCCCCUCUGCUUUCAUCACAGUUGUUACCAUUGUUGGUUUUUUCACACCUCAUUCUACAACUGGGGAGAACACAGAGAAAGUUUCUCUUGGAGUCACUGCCCUGCUUUCCAUGGCUAUUAUCAUGAUGAUGGUAUCCGACGAAGUACCAGCUACAUCUGAAGUGAUUCCAUUAAUCGGAAAAUACUACAUAGGACUCAUAUUUCUCAUUUUUAUGGCUGCAUUCACAACAACACUAACACUAUCCUACCAGAUGAGAGGCAAUAGUGGACAGGAGGUGGACCCUCGAGUUCGAGACUUUUUCUUCUAUCAAAUAGCUGCCAAUCCCUGCAUUUCUUGGGCAUUUUCUUUUCAGUUACCCAAGAAAUUGUUGAGGUCGGACAAUCGGAAACAGAGCUUCUUCUUCGCCAAUGGCAAUCAUGUGAAUGGUUACGCCAAAGGAGAGCUUCAACCGCACACCCCUCCGGCACAUAUAGUGAAAAUGGAGGAGAUUACUGGUGGCGGAAGUGUCAAAAGUUUCGUGAUGUCUGCGGAAUCAUCGGCUACUUCUCAGCUAUUGACAUCAUCGCUGCUCAAAAUAAAAGUGGUUCUGGAUGAUAUGAAAGCUUCGAUUCACGCUGAACGCGAGUUAAAACGAAUCAAAUUCGAGUGGCAACAAGUGACCCGUCUUAUCGAUAGAUGUAUUAUGUUUGGAUAUAUCCUUAUCACAAUUGCGUUCGCAUUGGUUAUGCUGGCAUCCAGAGAACCUCCGAUUGUUUUAAAUGAUAUUAUUAUGGAUUCAGUGAAGAGUACGUAA